ACUGUUUCAUUAUUGCCACCUGUGUUUGAAAAGGGAAACUUGUGCGCCAAUUACAAAAUAACCUCAGAAUAAACAACAAAUCAACGCCAAUUAAAAAUAUAACAAGUAUCACUCGAAGUUGCACGGAUUCUCAAACGAAUUGAGUAUAAUCAUGGAAAAUGGAACAACAAUUCAGGCCCCUGUAGAAGUCCAGAAUGGCACAACGUCUCCAGAAAAGCCGCAAAAUAAGCCAAUAAAUGAUGAGAAAGCCCCAGAUAGCUCUGAUAAUGCACAGUUGAAACAAAAAAAUCCCAAAGGCAAAAAACGCAAGAAGCCCAAAGACAGUACAGCACCUCGACAUCCACUAACAGGAUAUGUACGGUUUUUGAAUGAUAGACGUGAUGCAGUUCGCGCGACCAAUCCAGCUUUGCCCUUUGCUGAAAUAACAAAGAUAUUGGCUUCAGAAUGGAGCAACUUACCUGUAGAGAAAAAACAACAGUAUCUUGAUGCGGCAGAGGUGGACCGUGAACGCUAUACUCGCGAAUAUAACGCCUACAAAGAAACAGAUGCAUAUAAAGCAUUUGUCCAGCAGCAAGAGAGUCAACAACAAGAGAAAAAAGUUAAAGAGACAGCUAAAGAGGAGACUAAACAAGCUCCAGUUCCUGUGAUCAAAGAACAAACUAAUAACAAUAAUAAUAUCGAUUUUCCAACAAACUUUGACAUUCCAAUUUUUACUGAAGAGUUUCUAGACCAUAAUAAGACUAGAGACGCCGAAUUGAGACAGUUGAGGAAGAGUAACACUGAUUAUGAGCAACAAAAUGCAAUUUUACAGAAACACAUUGAAAAUAUGAAGACUGGAAUAGAGAAGUUAGAGACUGAGAUUGCUUCUCAGAAGAAGAACAGUAAUGAGCUCAAGAUUCACUUGGACCACCUGAGAAAUACCCUUGUCAGUGGAUUUGUCGGCGUUAAAUUGCCUGGAAUUACUGAUGUUCCUACCGUGGUCAGUAUUGACGGGUUUAUGAUGAAUCUACACGGAAAAUUAUUGGAAAAUAGCGCACAGGAUGCGACUUUGCUUGCUACGGUGCGUGAAAUUGUUGGCAGAUUAGAGUUUAAUGCAUGACACAGUAACGAAGCUGACUCGAAACAGCCAGCUCAGGAAAUACCAUUAGCGAAGCCGACUGCAGAAUGUGGUGCAAAUAUAGAUUCUGGUACUGACAUUGAAAAUAAGGUUGUAGUGAAACCGGCUCAAGCAGGCUCUGCGUCUACUACUACUAUGAAAAAGCGAAAAUACGUCAAAAAGAAGUAAUACUUAAGUGCGUUCAUUAAACACUGAGAUUAUACAGAUAUUCAUGUGUGAAUAUCCGACCCAUCAGUAAAUCUAACUUAAGCCAGUUUAGAUAUGUUAUUUCAUGCAUGUUGAUUUGGUUAUCAAUCAUCCUCUGCAAUUAUAACGCGACUCGAUUGAAGACAAUUUGGUUCGCUGUGCUUCGCAAAUUUUGUUCUUGAUUAUUAUGGUCUCACGUACAUGUCAAUGAAUUUGUAUUACUUAUGCGGCUAGUAAUUACAUACUAAUUAAUUAUACUGAUGUGUAACAUCGUAUUAGUGAAUAUCAGAAUUUAAUAAAUAAAUCGUGUAUGAUCAAG